UAUCUAGUUUAAUAGUGUUUUUUUUUAGUUUGUGGUGGUGGAGGUAAAUUUGUUACAAGAGUACAGAUGUGGCAAAAACAGGAAAUGUGCUUAAUGCUAGUGAUUGUAAUGAUGCUGAACUCCUCAACAUUUUGUCUUGAGCUAAAUGGGCAUAAGAGUGAAUCAGUUCAAGCUGGUAGACUUAUUAUUGAAUCAAGCAAACCUACAAAUGAAACCAAGCAUGAUAUUUUCAAGAAUUUGCAUGAAGAAUAUGUUGGAGUCACCAAUGGGUCUCCAUCCUAUCAGCCAGAGUCAAUAGAAGGGUCUCAACUGGCAAAGUUAGUGCUCAGGCACUGGAGUCCCUCAGUGCAGUGUGAUAAUGAUUCAAUGUCUCUGCGUAUCCGUGGGACUCAAAUUCCCAAAUUCUUGGUUGAGACAAGUAAAGGGGGACCAGUACCAUUAUUACGGAUGCCUCCCCACUGUGGAUUUUCUAUGAAGAGAGCCCGCAGAGAUGUUUCACUCGUCGCCAAGUAUAAUGGUUGUAAUGUUGCACAACAGGGAAAUGCCUAUGUUCUGCCCUUACGUGCUUCUGGAGUUGUUCUGAAAGUGGUCUGUCCUGUGGGUCGUCCUCUAACCAGAGUCUCAUGUACCCCUUCUGCUAUGGUUGUCAAUUUGGGUGUGGCUGCAGAUGGUGUCAAACUAAAGGUGAAAGGUGUUUGGCAACCUAUUUACCAAGCAGCUACGAUCUGUGGAUUUACCUUGGAAGUUAUAGGAGGUGGAUUGACACUCACUGUACCAUAUACAAGCAAUUGCUGGCAAUAUGAGGGUGCCAAGGUGAUUUUGUCUCUGCAGUGCAUGGAUGGGGAGUUGACACUGUCCUGCCCAGCUGUUCAACCCUCAACAACUACUCCUUUACUUGCUUUCAUGCAGCCUGUACCUCGCAAAGAUGCCCCCAUGACUACCUCGACAACUACAACUACCCUUGCUACAACAAAAGAACCAGUCAGUGCUGACGAACAGCUUUCUAAUCCUUUGCUACAUGGAGUGCAAUAUGGUUAUGGUAUCCCAUGGCCUUUCCAAUAUAACCAGCCAGGAAGUUUUCCAGCUACCUACGCAAACGCAGCUUUAAGUACUGCUACAAAAGUUGUACCAGCCAGGCCUCAACAACAUUUGCAUCCUUGGUUACCUGGAAUAAAACAACCUUAUGGUUAUGGUAUGCCCUGGCCUUUCCAAUAUAGCAAUCCUGGAACUCUUCCAGAUACCCACACAAACACAGCUCAAACUUCUGGUACCAUAGUUGCAGCUGCCAGUCCUGAUCAACUUGGUUUGUAUCCUUGGUUAGUUGGAACGUAUUAUCCUUAUAGUUAUCCUCUGCCAUGGCAGAUUAAAUAUAGCCAGUCUGGAGCUCCCCCAGCCACCACUUCAACAACUGCAACCCCAACCACCACUCUGACAACUACAACCCCAGCUACUACAACUACCACUUCAACAACUACCUCCAAAAACUACCCUACUAUGCCCAGAAGCUUUGAUCAACAAUGGUAUCCUUGGUUACUUGGAACAUAUAAUCAGUAUGUCCCUAUGGUACCACCUGGUGUUUCAGUGUCCGGUCCUAACGGUGGGGUUAAACAGCAGAUGUACCAGACAUCCUGGAUGAAUUCCUUACCUAAAUACCCGACUGUAAACCAAAAUCCAGGCUCUUCAGAGUUUAACCCUUCCAAAAUUUUGCCGUAUCAUUCAAAUGUUUCACCCCUACAGAUUAAAUUAGGACAAUAAGCAAAUCUUGACGGUGGCUUUCAAAUGAAGGUUGUGAUGAAACAAUAAAAAGAAAAAAUUAAAAUGG